CUUCAACCCUGACCUCACUCCGUCUCAAUUACACACCCACAGCCACAACCAUGGAAUCCACCCCCGGAAGUUCAGAAUAUGUCACUCUCGUGUCAGGGGAUGGGUUCGAGUUCAUCGUGCCUCGAAGCACCGCCUGCGUGUCAGGCACAAUCCGUCGCAUGUUGGAUCCGUCGAGCAGGUUCUCCGAAGCUGUGACCGGGCGCUGCGUCCUCGAAAACAUGAGCGGCCUGGUGCUGGAAAAGGUCUGCGAGUACCUCUGCUACAACCUCAAAAACAAGAAUCAGACCAAUGUGCCGGAUAUGGAUAUUCCCCCGGAGUUGUGUCUGGAACUGUUGAUGGCUGCGGAUUAUCUGGAUACGUGAUUGAUAUUACGCGAAACGAUGACAAGAGAUGCGAGUCUGGAUAAUGCUUGGGAAAGAUUUCCUUUUUGUACAUUUGGUGGAGUUCGGUCGGAAUAUCCUACAGCGUGGCGUUGGUUAAGGUAUGGAUUAUAUUGAUUAAUCCUAAAUUAUAU